CACAUAUACAUUUGAAGAAGUUCUAACAGAAGACAGGAGUGAUUUUGCCAAUAAUGCACUAUAACGUUGGAUGCUGAUAAACCCCACCCCAGAAGAAGAAGAGUGCGAGUUGUUGAUUGAUAGAUAUCGGUUGGGGAUAUCGAUCUGUUCAGCUGAUCUUCCGUAUGUGAAAGAGAGAGGAGCGGGGCACACUUUCUAAUUGACCUAUCACAAUUGAACUUUUGAGUAUGGUGCCCCAUAUGCUUGCAAUGCAGUCCAACUCAAUGUGCUGGGACGGAUAGAACUGACACAACAUGGAUAACGCCUGUGAAAAUGCCAAUACAAGAGAAUGGAGCUAUGGUGAUGGAUACAGCCGCCAUAAUAUGGCUCAGUGGCAAAGUGCUCCCCCUGCUGGUGAAAGACAGUACCUCACACAACAGGAAAGGGAACGCCAGUGGCUGAACCAUGAGAAAGAAGCUGCCAUAUGGGCCCACUACAACUCCCUUAGACAAAACUCUCCAAUGGACUUCCGUGGACAUGGGGCACAAGAGACCCAGCCGCCGCAUCUGUAUCAUCAGGACCAUCACAGAAUGGCUCAGAGUCAGAACAUAAGGGAUUGGCCAAAUCUCUAUGGACCCUUGAGAGGCCAGGCAUCCCCUAAUGUAACCUUACAUCGCAGUGGAGAGAUAACAGAAACAUGGGCUACGCAUGAACCCCACUUCCCCAGCUAUGAGUUUUUGCCCACCCUCAUUGUCGAAAGAGGGCAUGAGGAUAUAACCCAUCAUCAUAAAACUGACCGGGAUUAUAUGGUUGGUCGGAUAGUGAAUCAUAACAAUCUCCAUUACUUGGAAAGCAAAUGGCAGAUGUUAGAUCCCACCCAUUCCAAUGGACAUGCUAGAGGACAUUUUAAUGAACAUUUAAGGGGACAUUCUAAUUCCUAUUCCAGGGUUCAUUCUACUGAAUGCUCAAAGGGAAGUUCUAGGGGUGGGUCUAGUGCACGUCCUAAGGGUGGCUCUACUGCAUGUUCUAGGGCUGACUCUAGUGGAUGUUCUAGGGGUGGCUCUAGUGGACGUUCUAGGGGUGGCUCUAGUGAAUGUUCUAGGGGUGGCUCUAGUGAAUGUUCUAGGGGUGGCUCUAGUGGACGUUCUAGGAGUGGCUCUAGUGGACGUUCUAGGGGUGGCUCUAGUGGACGUUCUAGGGGUGGCUCUAGUGGACGUUCUAGGGGUGGCUCUAGUGGAUGUUCUAGGGGUGGCUCUAGUGGGAGUUCUAGCGUCUAUUCCAGCAGGUCUCCCAGGCUGGACUUCCAGGCUAAGCAUGUCAACCCUUUUCAAACUAUGACCAACAGUUCUACAGACAUUCAGAACGCCAACAUCACUCCAACUGUACCUAUGGUCAACAACAAACACACUGAAACAACAUCAGGACAUACAACUGGUCUUGCGAGAUAUUCUACAUCACUUGUUUUUACGGAUUUCCCUUCCACAGGUGGUACAGAAUCUGGUGUUGUUGACCUAAAAGCAGCCCAGGUAACAAAUGCAGGCACCCAUGGUAUACUAGGACCUAGUGUUCCUUCCCAAGCCAUAACACAACAUACAGAUCAUCUUCCUGGCAAUGCUGCUCUGGUUUCUCACACACAGACCUCUACCACACCAGAACAGCAACAUGCUUCCUCUCCUUCUCUCACUGACACCCCUCAGGAAAAACCUCAUAAACAUAAGAUCUCACUCAAGGAAAUACAGCACUGGCCCCAGAGUGUUUUAAGAUCUAAAAAUGGACCUGUAAAUGGGAAUAACUCAACACAAGACCCCUCUCAGUCCCUACAAUUCAGCACAGAGAAGAUGUAUGUUUUACAAGCAGGCAAAACACAACUACAUCUAAACACCAAAGACUACCAGGUGAGCCCCCCUGAGAGGUUUAGUGAUGAGGACUCCACUAUACAGCUGGAGAUUAAGUCCACCCCCAGGUACAUGACCCUGACGGCAGUCGCCACCGCUCCGCCGCCCCCCGUGGCUAUCGUCCCGCCAAUGGGUCCACAGCAGUCCCCAGAGCCCAUGGAGACAGAGAAUGCAGGCAAUGAGCUGCCAUUUAAGAUUUUACAGACCUGGUCCAUCAACGAAAAACAGGCGGAAAACCUGUGGGAAAGAGCUAAAGAUGAUGCAAGUUCUCUCUCUGUCCUAAAUGAGAUGGUUCAAGUUGAAAGUCUUCUGUCUUCUGAGUGUGAUAAACCUGUAGAUGCAUCUGCAACAAGUUCAAUGGCAUCUACAGGAGAGGACAAUGAUGAGGUCCUUCAGGUCAUCACACAAAUGGACAAGAGAUCACCUUCACCAUUUGUCCACACCAACCCUCAGGCAACUGAUAUUGUAUGCAUCGGUGGUGCCCAGAUAAUCGUGGAAGGUAGCUCUAAUGUUGCAGAUGAGAGCACUCUUGAUUUGUCCACGAUUGCUGAAGUUCAGUUCAAGUUAUGUGCGCUUCAGAGACUGGUUACUUAUCUGGAGAGUGCGACAACAGUCACAGAGGCAAAGGAUGGUUGUCUCGGGGCCAUAUUGGAGUUGUAUUGGGGAGGGGAUACCUCUAACCUGUUAGAAGCUUUAAAAGAUCAAAUGGAUGAGAAAAUCAUGCAGGAUGUGUCUGCCUGGGCCGCAGAGGAUGAGAAGGCAGUGGUUCUCUUUGCAGUCAGUGGUAUAUCACUAGGGGAAGUGCUUGAGAAGUUUCCCAUUCCAGUACAUGUUGACACCUCUUCCCAAGUGGGUUAUAGGUCAUCAUGGUUAAAUGUCAACGAGAAGCUGAAUGACAUUGGCAAAGAUUCUGGAAGAGCUUGGUCUCUGUGGUUCAUACCAGACCUCACAACAAACACAGACCUCACGAUGGACGCAGAGCCCCCAACAAACACAGACCUCACGAUGGACGCAGAGCCCCCAACAAACACAGACCUCACGAUGGACGUAGACCCCCCAACAAACACAGACCUCCCAACAAACGCAGACUUAGAGCCAGAACCCUGUUCCCCAAUGAUUUUGACCGUCCUCACACCAGAGGAUGCUGUGAAACUGCUUGCUGAAACAGAGGCACCAGACACAGACCUCAAAACGGUCGUAGACCUCACAACAGACUCGGACACAGAACCCCUUUCCCCAAUGAAUUUGACCAUCUUGACAUCUGAGGAUGCCAUGAGACUGUUUUGCCAGAUCGAGAAUGGCUCUGACCUCCAAUUCGCAUCCCCUGAAUCCUGCUCUGAAGACAAAGAUAAGACACAGACAAAGCAACUAGAGAAUAUAGAAAGUGGCAGCUUAGAUAAGUCUUGCUACUGUCCUUGUGGUAUUGAAACUGACAAUGGGUUUGAAAUGGGCCUAUGCUCCAGUUGUCAGAGAGAGAAAGGAUUGCAGCAAGAUACAAGAUGCAUAACAAUCGCUCACUGCUUUACCAUGUCAUGUACAAAUGAUCAGGAGACAGAGGUCCCCAAGGACUCUGGGGGGAAGGUGACUGUUGACAGUCAAUCCAGUGACAAUAAGACACAGGGUGAAAUGCAGCAAUGGACAGGCGUCAUACCGAUCAUUGACUUUUUUUUCUGGUCAGAUACAAGUGAGGGUUCCGAUCAGGAGACAGAGGAGAGCUAUAAUGAACCACAUGCUCAGAUUGAGGCUCAUGCUUCUAAUGUGAAAAGGACAGAGCCUGAAACUGAUGCCAAAGCACCAUGUGAGUCAGCCCAAGAACGUACGACCCAAAGCAAAGUCAGUCCUGGUUCUGAGGAUAGGGAAAGAUGGCAAGAGAAGGACCAAGACUGCAUGAUGAGUACAUUACCACUUCCCAAGGUUGAAAACCCCUCUAAGUUAAGAGCUAACAUCAUAGCAGACAACUGGUGUUCACCUAUAGAGGUCUGUGGUUCACCUGUAGAAAAGUAUGACAAAGUUGCUGACUUUGUCACUCAAUACAAAACCUGCAAGUCAAAGAAAAAAGUACAUCAAAAAAUGGAAAAGGAGAAAACCCUCCAUCCAACGUCAUCUGACAGGCAAAAGCACAAGAAAAGCCUUGGGAGAGCAGAGAGGGGAAGGACACCAUCCCAAACCACUAAAUGCUCUGGGUUGAAGGCAACUGUGGAUAAUCAAUGCAGGGACAUGAAGCCACAUGCAUCACACAAGAAGAGACAUUCAACUGAGAGUGAUGAAAAUCGAUGUAAAGACAAGAAGAGGGGAUCAUCAACUGUGAAGGAGUGUGAGGGCUGUCAAUCCAGUGACAAGAAGCCACCGAAGAGAAGACAUUCAACUGAGAAAGAGAGAGAGGACAAUCAAAGUAGGGACAAGAUGUCACAGAAGAGGAGAAAUUCAACUGAAACUGACGGCAGGAACUCAGACUCCAAAGAGUUACAGUGCCAGUUGGUGGACAUAGAGAGGAGCAGUGGAAACUCACUCCCGUGCCCUGGGGUGAAAACCCUCCAUGUGCAGGGAUCCUCAACCACCACCAUUCCUCUCAAAAUCUCCAUAAACAUUCCCAAAAAGCCUUCCAUAAAUGCCUCACCCUCAAAACAUACUGAAGUCCCCAGAAUGCCAAAGACUAAAGCCCAGAAUAAAACUAACAGACACCAUUCCCCUGCAAAGUCUGUGUCUCCUGUUGUCAAAGAGCGGCAGAGGAGUGUCAUCAAACACAAGCAAAAAAUUCAAUGCCAAAAUGUCAGAUUGAAAAAGCUGUCCUUACCCAAACAUCUUGUCAGCAAAGGUUCUCCACCAAGCCGGGAGAGCGAGGUAGAUUCUCCACCAAGCUGGAAGAGAGAGAAAGGUUCCCCUCCAAGGCAGAAGAGGGUGGCGGAUAGAGGAGAGUCUGGGGGUUUAGGGAUAAUGGUCUCUAAGAUUCCUGACUCGUCCAAGAAACUAAAACCUACGGCAGAGAGUGACUUGACAUCCCAACAGAAAUUGACACAGAUUCCGAAGGUGUUGAAAAAUAAUGAGAAAGGAAGGUUGUCAAAAAGUGAGUGGGAGUACGACUCGCUGCCCCCCAAGCCAAAGCUGCCAAGGAUUCUGAAGCUUCCGAGGACUCCAGAGGUUUCAAAGGAUUGGUGUGAGAGAGAGAACAGAGAAGAGACAUCUCCCAGUGCUUCACCUGAAUCACAAACGCUGAACAAAUCUGCAAGAGUGGCACAUAAGCCCAAACCUUUUAUCAAGCCUGCCAGGCCCAAAGGUUAUAGCCCAGGUAGUCAUGCUUGUCCUAAUCCGGCCAGGUUAUCACCGGAACAUGACAACCGCCAUUUUGGGGCAAAAGUCUCUGCGAGGCAGCAGGUGUUCUCAAAUUGGGAGAGCAGCUUUGUCCCGACUCCAAUCCCCCGGACUCGCAGGCGAUCAGGGUGUCCUCCAGAGGAAGUGGAAGGUCCACAGGCCAGUCCCAGGUCCAGCUCGGAGACCAGGAUCAUCCGACCCAUUCUAAAACGUGUCGAUGCUCCGCCGAAACCCAAGCGGAACAUCAGCUUUCCUUUGAAUCCAAGGAACGUGCACUACUUCAAGCCCUGCGAAUAUGAAAAUUACAUCAUGUUCAACAGGUCUUACACGGAUCCUGAAGAUGCACAGCGCUCUGAUGAUGAAGAGGAAGAUGCUUUUGUGAACUGCCAGAACAAGAAGAAACAGCCCCCCGUUAUGGAAGCGAAGCAGCAAGAUAUAGGGGAGAUGAAGCCUGGACCAAGCGGUUUAUGUGAAAAGCGCUUCAAAAGGAAGUGGGAAAUGCAGGAGCCUGCUGUCAUUUUGAUGGAGAGCAUUGUUCAGGCAAAGCAUUGGACGAAGUCUCUCCAUCGUGAUUCUCCAAAAGAAUUCAGACACUCAGCAAAAAUAACUGGAGUUGGUUACAAGUGGUCCGAGAGGCAGAAGAAGCCAAAUGAAAUUGAAGGUUCCUCUCGGAAUUCAAGUCCCCUUCACGGUCACCAUCCAGCUUCCUCUCAGAAUGCAAGUCCCCUUCACGGUAACCAUCCUACUGACUCUCUGCAUGCAAGUCCUUGUCACGGUCAUCAUUCAGGUUCCUCUCAGAUUGUAAGCCCCCCUCGUGGUCACCAUUCAUCCUCCAGCCAGGGGAAAAUAAUUGAGGCAACGGCUAGGCACCAUGGCUUUCCGGUGGACGAAUGGAACGAGCGGUGGUCAGAAGACAGACGUGAUUCGUAAGCCAAUCAGCCGGCCAUGACAGGAUACACCAGGCAGUACAAUAGUUUAGGCAACCUGCAAAGACAAUGACAUCGUGCCUAUGCUGUUUAAAAAAAACUUGAAACACUACAGACAGUGCCUAAGUUUAGGCUACAUUAUGCAGUUUACUUUUCUACGUGUUUUUAAGUUAAUAAAUGUCUUAUUUCUCUCCCUAUAAUAAGGUCGGUUAUCUGCGGUUGAAACAGUCAGAAGUGUGUAUUAUAUACUAUGUACAUUGUUACUCUUGACACCUAACAUGCUGACCAAACCGCCCGCUUGCGUGGGUACGCCAUCGCGUGCAGGUUGAUUUUGUUCACCCACACCAGAAGCGAUCAGGACGCGCAGGUUGAAAUAUCAAAACAAACUCUGAUUAGAUUAAUUUGUGGACAGGUCAAAAAGCAUUAAACAUUUAUGGCAAUUUAGAUA